AUGGGCCACUACCACUCGAAGACGCCCAAGAGGCAUGUGGGCUAUUCAAACAGUGAGAAGGUGGGUCUGCUAAACCUUGGAAAGCUGCGGGGAUGGGAUUAUGAAUCCUCAAAGUACAAGUCAUCCAGAACAGCGAUCACGAAGGUGGACCAGGAUGGCAAAAAGACUUUUCAAGGCUGCAAGAAGCAGCUUAAGGAUAGUCAGACUUAUCCGUACAGGUUUGGCCUUCGAGUGCUGCGGAUCCUACCAGAUUUGAUCAAGACUGGCUGCAAAGAGCUGCCGGCCUGUCCUGAGGAUUUCGACCCUUUGACCAACUACUGUUGCCAGAGUUUCACCGAUCUGUGGGACGAUGCCCAUAUGUGUGAAGUUCUGCAGUACUUGAGGGGAAACACCAACCUCAAUAUCCCUGCAGAGUGGAAACCACACCUCCUUAACUAA